AUGGACCAAACCAGCCAGAAAAUAGCGCAGAUUGAAGAGUUGAGCAGAGAACUUGAUGCUCUUCUUGAACAAGCGACGGCCAGUGCCCCUGAAAGAGUUCAAGAAAGUGUCAAGGCUCUCCAGGCAGAUAAACAGAAGCUAAUCUACCAGGCGAAUAUUCUCAGAAGAUCAGUUAAUGCAGAGAAAAUCGAGGCAGAGAAAAAUAAUGUUCUUUCGCAAUUUGAAAGAGUCAAACCAACUACUUAUCAAGCUCCAAGUGGAACCGUCCUACCUAAACCUGGCAAGCAAAAUAUCUUAAUAACCUCUGCUCUUCCCUACGUCAACAACGUCCCUCACCUCGGCAACGUCGUCGGCUGUGUUCUCAGUGCCGACAUCUUCGCCCGCUACUCCCGAUUCAGUGGAAAGAAUACGCUCUAUAUUUGCGGAACUGAUGAAUAUGGAACUGCUACCGAGACAAAAGCAUUCCAAGACUUCAAAGAGCUCUAUGAUAAGGAUGUUCGGCAAGCGUGCAAGGCAGUGUGCGAUAAGUACCACGCUUUGCAUAAAGAAGUUUACCAGUGGUUCCAAAUUUCGACCGACCAUUUUGGGCGAACAUCGACCCAGUUUCAAGAUGACGUCGUGCAUGAAAUUUUCAACGAUUUGGACAAGCGAGGCAUGUGGCUAGAAAAGGAUGUUCAGCAGCUGUUCAGUCCAAAGUUGGACAAGUUCUUGGCUGACAGAUUCGUCGAGGGAACAUGCCCUAAACCGGAGUGCGCGUACGAAGAUGCCAGAGGAGAUCAAUGCGACAAAUGCGGCGGUUUGCUCAACGCUAUCGACUUGGUUAAUCCUCGAUGUAAAUUCACUGGCUGUACUCCUGAAAUCCGAACUUCAAAACAUCUCUUCCUCAAUCUGCCUAAAAUUGAAAGCGAACUCAAAGUCUGGCUCAAUGAAGUGACCAGCGAGUGGUCUAACAAUGCUAAACAGAUCUUUGAUUCGUGGAUCAAGAAGGGUUUGGAGCCAAGAUGCAUGACAAGAGAUUUGAAAUGGGGAGUAAAAGUGCCAAAAGAAGGAUUUGAUCAUAAGGUCUUUUACGUUUGGUUUGAUGCGCCUAUUGGAUAUCCUUCUAUUACAGCUGAGUAUACUCCUAAAUGGCGAGAUUGGUGGCAAGGCAAAGAUGUCAAAUAUUACCAAUUCAUGGGCAAAGAUAAUGUUCCGUUCCAUUCUGUUCUUUUCCCCUCCUAUUUGCUCGGCACUGGCAAGCCCUGGAAUUUGGUGAACGUUAUAAACGCGACGGAAUAUUUAAAUUAUGAAAACGGUAAGUUUUCGAAGUCGAGAGGGGUCGGUGUUUUCGGCAAUCAAGCGGCAGAAACGAAUAUUCCAUCUGAUGUUUGGAGGUUUUACUUGAUUUACAUGAGGCCUGAAGUGCAGGAUACUGAGUUCCAGUGGAGCGAUUUCCAGUUGAAGAACAACUCAGAAUUGCUCAACAACUUGGGCAACUUCAUCAACAGAGGACUGUCCUUUGUGGUCAAGUUCUACGACCAGAAAGUGCCCAGCGCGGAGAUAAACGGAAAUAUGCGAGCUUGGGUUGCUGAAGUCAACGUUUUGCUCAAGGAGUACAUUGAAUGCAUGGAAAGUAAUCAACAAAGAGAGGGAUUAAGAAGAGUGCUUGCCAUCUCAAAACUUGGUAACAAAUUGAUUCAAACAUGGCAACCGUGGGUCAAGGUCAAAUCAAAGGAUCCAGCGUUGCGCAACGAAGCAUCAGCAUGUGUGAUGCUUUCAGCUAACCUCGUCUUUUUAUUGUCCUCAUUGUUGGAGCCCUUCAUGCCCAUGACUUCAUUCGAAAUCGCGAGACAACUUGGUGUCGCGCGCGCUCAGAUUCCAUCAAAGUUCGGCGCUUUCUUGGAAAAAGACCACAAAGUCUACGAGAGCAGGCCAUUAUUCAGAAAGAUUGAAGACGAAGAAGUGAAAGAGUAUCGAGCCCUCAAGGGUGACGAUAGCCAAAAGCCUAUCGAAUCCUCAGGUGGCUGA